CUGGGCCGGGGGGCCGCGCGCUCUUCACCGCCUUGCCGGGAUGGGCGGCGCGUUGCCGGCGGCCCCUGCAGCUCCCCCAGGUACCAUCUGACUCUCUCCUAGCGCUGGGGCACUGAUGAAACUGAGAACCCAACCAGAGCACAGAUGGGGCUCACCAGGAACCUGGCCGGCCGUGGUGCUGCCCUCUCCCACCUGCUGCUGCUGCUGCUCCACAUUGAGGCGCUGGUGCAUUCAGGGCUGGGGGAACCAGAUCCCAAGAUUAACGGGCAGUCACUGUUGGUGAGCACCAUGCAGGAGGAUGAGAGCCGGGACUUCACCUGCCAGGUGGACAGCUGGCAGGCCGUGCCCAUGCUCACCUGGUACCUGAACGGCAAGAAGCAGGAGACCAAUGGUUCCACAGUGUUGACCACCUUGGCUGAGGCCUUUGAGCAGAGCUCCAGCACUUUCACAGUUACAGCACAGCGCGCAGACAGGGAACUGAACUGCUCACUGAUUGACCCAGCCUCUGGCAAGACCUCCAACGCCUCAGUGCUCCUCAACGUGCAGUUUAAACCGGAAAUUGUGACGAUGAAUGCCAAGUAUCAGGAGGCCAAGGACCCGGGUCUCUUCAUGGUUCUCUUCGUCCUGGUGCGGGCCAACCCCCCAGCCAGCAUCACCUGGAUAGACCAGGAUAGGCACGUGAUGGUGAAUACGUCUGACUUCCUCAUCCUGGACACCAAGAGCUACCCCUGGCUGACCAACCACACCGUGCAGGUGCAGCUCAGUAGCGUGGCCAAGAACUUCUCUUUCACUGCUGCCAACAACGUGGGCAUAACCAACUCCUCCAUCCUGCCACCGGGUCUCCUGGAUACCCGUGUGGAGCUGCCCCUCCUGGCCAUCACUGUUGGAGGAGCCUUGGUACUGGGAACUCUCCUUUGCCUCAACACCCUCAUCAUCUGUGUCGUCUGCAGGAAGGGGAAGGCGGUGUCAGGGCUCUCUGGACCUACGCCACUGCCACAGAGUGAUUCCAACAACCUGAAGCUGAACAGUGUGCGACUGCCACGAGAGAACAUGUCCCUCCCGUCCAACCUGCAGCUAAAUGACCUCACGCAGGAGGCCAAAGCCAGCCAUGGAGACACAGGAAUCCAGACCGAGUGGAAAGACGAUGCCCUGUCAGAGCCAGAGAACAGCCUGGGCCUUGGUAACAGAGGUUUUGUCCGGUUCCCGAUGGUUGGGCACAUUUACAAAGUGUCCAGCAUGAGCAGUGAUGAGAUCUGGCUAUGAAUGUGUAGGCAGGACCCUCCUGUGGGGUCCAGGUUAUCCCUCAGUCUCUUGGGAUGAGGCCACUGAUCCAUCGGUACUGCAGACCCAUCCAGGAGCUGCCAUUCUCCCUAGAAUCCCAGACUGCAGCAGCCAGCUCAUAACAAGCUCUCUGUGUAACCACCACCAGAGCGCCAGGUGAGAAAAGUGCAAUGUCACUAAGUUCCUGUGACUGCAGGUCUGCCACACACCAUCCUGCCCCAAGGAUCUCUGGGGCCUUCAGCUCUUGUACUUGAGUAGGUUAGCUAGUCUCACUGAAAACAUCAUGGAGUCUGACUUUUAAGAACUCUCCAGUGUGCUGGGGGGCAGGUUGAGCAUCAAGAGUGGGAAGGGCCUGUUUGCCUGCCCAGGAGCAAGAGAAAUUCAUACAUGUAACAGCCAUGGUCAUUUCAUCUCUACUCAGCCAUGGGAGCACCCAGCUCUGUCCAUCUGUGAAUGGAUCAGGGUUGCGUUCUGGAGCUCCUGUGAGGAGUCUGAAACUGCUGGGAGUGGAAGAGGGUGAGGUAAUGUCAGCAUCUUAGGGGAGCAUGGGAGUGAUUGGCAGGAAGCCUGGCUUGCCCAAACUCCAAUCUCAGUUAGUCACACAUUCUGUCUCAGGCUGGCCAAGUACCUAAGCCCAGUGGCUCCUGGUGUGUGGUAGGAAACUCAGAAGAUCAGCUUCUAGAUAUUCCCAGCUAGGCUUCAAGAAUUAGGGACUGCUUUGGAAAACGUGGCCUGUCCCGUGUGUGUUGAGUAUUAUAUCUUACAGUGGGAGAUGGAACAGACUGACUUACCUUCCCAUGGGGUGGGAGGGGAGGAGCACUUCAGGAAUAGUAUAGUACUAAAACCCAAAAUAGCAAGCACUGUGGCCGUUAUUUGUGAGAUGCUCUAGUUCUGUGUACUCACUCUGGUAGGGAAAAGUAAAUCUCACCAGUUUGGGAUGAAACAGAAAAAAGAGCAAGAGUACCCUGUGCAGCUUCUCAGCCUCGGGUUAACUCUAGCCCUAUAUUGGGAGAGCAGUGAUGGGCUGCUUCUGGGUAUCCCAUAAUCAACCUCUUUGUGAGAAAGAACAUGGGGUAGUUUCUGCUUGGAGCCCACAGCUGUCUCCUGGAGAAGAAUUAGAGUAAUAAAGGGAAGUUCUUUCUUACUCUUUGAAAAGAACAUUUAGGAGAGAUGUGUCCCUACUGUGCCCUCAUUUACACUCAUGCAAUUCCGCUGUGGAGAAGGGAUGGGUAUGGGUGUGCCUGAGGGUAGUUAUCAAUCAAUCACUCUAAUUCUUCACCCCUCUGAAUCUAGACACUGCAGCACACAGAGGACCUUUCUGUGUGAAAAACCACUAACCAUCCCUUGCAAUAAGUGCUGUGUAAUUCCUAAAGUCCAGAGGUGCUGCAGCACCUGGGCACUAGGUAUGGCCCUGAGGUAUUUUAGCCUUUGCUUUGUUUGGUAGUGUCUUGCUAUGGCAAUUGUCUCUGUCUAUCAAUGUGCAUCUGGAAAGAGCAAUUCUUUCCUGGGAGACUCCCAUUUGUGACCCUUCUCUCAUGUCAAGAAGGGGGCUUGGCCUGGGUGCCAGUGAAUAAGCACUAAUAGAGGUGCUGGUGGAAAUAAAUACAUGUGGCCAUGCAGGCUGAGCAGCCUCUGAGUAAUAUAUUAAGCUAUGCAUCAAAUGAUCUAGCAACUGUUCGCUCAGUUAGUUGUUGUAAGAUGCUCCAUUGUUAGCUGAGGCAUGUUUUUCUGUAACUUAGGCACUUUUAAGAAUAAAAUGGUAUAAUUGAAGUGUAAUGCAGAGCUCUUUCUAAAUUGACUGAUGCUCUGUCUCUAGCAGGAGUUGAUGGGAUGGAAGGACCUACUGUGUCUUAGCUGCUGUAAUGAGGGAGCCGUAAGUGGUCCUUACUCCAAGGAUCUUGUUCAGAGAUUGAUGACCGUGUCAGGCAAAUUCUUCCAACAGCAGUAAUCAUUGUUUGUACUGGUGGCUGGUGAUCUGUCCGCUUCUCCUAAAAUGCAGCAUGCUGGUGGGCCAAACUCUGCUGGGAGUACCUGUUGGAUUUACUGUAGACUAACACGGC